AUGAAUUCAACAGCUCCUGUUUACGAGUCAGCUGGCGUGUUGUAUGCUGACACCGACUUCACCCAGUUGAACUGGCUGGAGACACAAUGGGCCGCGUGGUACCUGUGGAUAGGCAACCCAGUCAUCGCGACGGGUCUCAUGAGCUUCCUCCUUCAUGAAAUCGUGUACUUCGGUCGCUGUGUCCCAUGGAUCAUUAUAGAUGCCAUCCCAUACUUUCGGAAGUGGAAGCUGCAGGCGGGCAAGGUCCCAUCCCCUCAAGAGCAGUGGGAAUGUACGAAACAAGUGCUGUAUUCACACUUUACGAUUGAAUUGCCUCUGAUUUGGUUCUUCCACCCUAUGGCUGAGAUGUUUGGCAUGUCAACUUGGCAAGUUCCUCUGCCGGCGCUAAAGAUUAUGGUACCCCAAGUCGCGUUCUUCUUCGUCUUCGAGGACAUGUUCCAUUACUUUGCUCACCAAGCACUUCACUGGGGCCCUCUGUACAAGCACAUUCAUAAGAUCCACCACAAGUACUCUGCACCGUUCGGUCUCGCAGCUGAAUACGCUCACCCCGCUGAAGUUGCCAUCCUCGGUACCGGUACCCUUGCUGGACCUCUGUUGUACUGCUUCUUCCGCGGCGAUCUUCACAUUUUCACGAUGUACGUCUGGAUCACGCUCCGCCUCUUCCAGGCUGUCGAUGCCCACAGCGGCUAUGACUUUCCUUGGUCAUUGCAGCACAUUCUUCCUUUCUGGUCCGGUGCUGAGCAUCACGACUUCCAUCACAUGGCGUUCGUGAACAAUUUUUCGACCUCAUUCAGAUGGUGCGAUCGUCUGUUCGGUACAGAUGAUAAGUAUCGCCAGUACUGUUUGCGCCGGGCGGCCAUGAAGAAGGCCAGUGCAAAUCAAAAGGAUUUCAUUGCCUUGGAGAAGAAGAUGCUUGCCGAGAUCGAGGCGGAGGGUGUCCAGGCUGAGGCCGUAGCUGAGUCGUAUCGCUAUGGUACAAAAGAGAAGACCACAUAG